CAUGGGCACUACAACUAUUCCAUACCAACCAAGAUGGCGGCCAAUAUACACAACAAGCAAAAAGCGACAAGAGACCAGUCUAGCGACUGACUUAUCCGUCUACCCCUCGCUUUAAUGGCGGAUAUGGAAAACACAAGCGAUGAAAGAAGUGAUACGUUCUUUGCCAGUCUUGAUCAGCUUUUUACGACACUUGAACCUGUGAUAAAGGAGGCAAGCUCAGUGGAGGCUGCUGAAGAUAUUUUGAACAAUUUGGAGGCGACGGAUGAAAACUUUCACAGGUAUGACUUUGUGCGCCAACUGCGCAAUCGCAUUGAUGAGGCACUGGGGCCUGUGAUUGACACACGGCUAGAGCAGAUUGGUGGUGAGGGAAAUACAAACGAGCAUUUGUCCCAGAUCGCUGAUGAAGUGCAAUCAUCACAAGAGUUUCUGAGUCUGCAGCAGUCUAUCCUUGCUGACACAAAGGAGGCUGUUAACUUGCUGUUGCAGAAAUAUGCCAACAGUUCAUUACAGCAAGGAACAAGUGAGUUUGACCUUGGAGAAUAUAAAGCAGCGAAAGGUCAGUCUUUUCGGAUCUCCCUCGACUCGAGUGAUGAAGAGUCCUCAGUGUCUUCUUCUAUUGACCAGUUUUUUUCUCAGGUUGGAUAUAUUUUCAUCUCCCAGGAGAAGUCUGGGAAAAUUGCUGAAAAUCUGGAUCCAAUGAAACCAGUUCACGUUCGUUGUAAAGCUCUCGGGGCUCUGGCGCAGGUCCCUCAGUCCGACAUAAUCGCCAGCGAACACUGGAGUGCCAUCCGCAAGGGCUUAUUAGCAGCGCUAGCGGACCCUGAUGAGCAUUUGGCGGAGAAAAGCCUCAAGUUUCAUGCCCGGAUCUUCCUCACGUCGUCUUCCCACGCGGCAAGAGAGAUCUACACAUGUCUAGCGGAGCAUUUGUGGCUACACUUCACAAACAGCUCGCAAAGGCUAAACACCAUCGAUGAGGGCUUGAAUGUGUCAGCCCCUUCAAACAUUCGCCUUUUAACCAGGUUCCGGCUGCUGAACGAAUUCCAGCAUGAGGUCCCAUCCUACUGGAUCCGUUAUCCUGAAAGGUUUUUGGAGGAAAUCGUAGAGAGCACAUUUUCUCUCUUCUCUUUGAGCACUACUCCCCGUGGGGUCCCGGGUGAAGAAGAGUGUUUGUCCCCCCUGUGGUACAUAGCCCUUCUGGACCCCCUUGCAAACUGGUUCAAGAAAUGGAUGCAUGGCAACUACAGCAGGACAGAAGUCUUAAAACAGCUACGUGAGCAUAUCCAUCUGCUUGCAGAUGCUGUGUGUGCUGUUUUGGAUUUCUCAGCCACCCUCAAGACAGCUUUGACGAUGCCCGACUUUUUUGAAGACCAUUCUAACCCAGAAGAUACAGAGGGCGCGUUAAUUUACAGCUCACGUGACCUGGAGUUUCUCUACUUCGUCCACUCCGUAAGCCUGCUGGGUAGGCUGUUAUUGUAUAGUGAUGGCAGGGCGCUCUUUCCGAUUAAACUGAGCGACAGACAAGCUACUGUGACGAUCACGGAUUUACUGGUAGCUUUUAUCAAGAUCAUGUGUAUUCCGCUCCCCCGAUUCAACGGGAAAGCAACCCUUGAUGCUACCAUCGUCCCGGGUGAACUGGUUUGUGAGGUUCUACAAGAAAUUGCUGCCAACAGCGCCGCUAGCAGAGAAUGUCUUUGCAAGGACGCCAUCACAACCAGCCUCUUGGCUCCUGUCCAGAACAUUCUAGAUGGAUUUUACGAUUUAGACGGGGGCGAGGAGUCGGACACUGAAGGGCUCUUGCUGCUCGUAUCGGACGUGUUGGCCACCCUGGCUGCGUCCGAAGGCGGCCGACUUCAGCUGAUGUACGGGGAGUCCCAAGAUCGGUGGCAGCGGAGUAGUUUCUCUCCUGCGCACAUCAUCGCGGGUUUCGCCAAAAAGGCACUCGCCAAUCGACUCCCCGGUGGCUUCCUACCUGGGACUGACGUCAUCAGCGGGUUUCUAUUCGUCUGCCGACAGCUAUGGACUACUUGUGAGGGACUUAUCGUGCUCAACCACUAUUCCCUGCACGAGUAUGUGGCCGACGCCUUGAGCAAGGCGAUCAAGGAUUCCCCCUCAAUGUCGGCUACAGAGAACUCUGCGGAUGACUCCCCCACUGACACAGUACAAGAAGCUGACAAUCUAGCCUGGGAGAGCUCGCUCAUCGAUAACCUCCUGAAUUUCGCCGGAACGCCCAAGGGCCUGCUUAUGCUCCAACAAACGGGCACGAUGAAUGAGUGUGUGGGUUACAUGUACGAAAGAUACACCAAAAAGCUGCAGGUUAGCAAAUGGGAGAAGUUUGGUUACGGCGUGAUGGUGUCACAGAUCGCCGCCACAGCCCCGGGGAUGGUCGCACUGGAGAAAAGAGGUUACUUAAGGCGGUUAUUACAAGAUGUUUGGAUCGUAUUAGAAGGGUCACACAACAGGCGAAUGGUCCACCCGAGAAUCAAACACGUGGACACUAUCGACAGCAAGACGUACCAUAAGGCGUUGAAUAACCUGCUUAGCGUGCUAUCGUCUUUCCCCGCCGUAUAUGAAGUCCUGGCAGAUGCUGCGAGACCAGUCACAUCCAGCUCUGAGGUGGAAGAGAUCACCGCGUCUGAACCCGUAUACUCCCCACCCACAUCAUUAGCGGAGUUCAUAAGUCGACUGGUCAUGAUGGACUCUGAAGUAAAAAUAAAGUCGCUCUUCAAAUACGAGGAGUCGCACCACUUUGGUCUAAGGGUCCUGAGUGUGCUGUGCUCUUGCCUGGACACUUUUCUCUUCCUGGAAUCCACGUAUCGAUUCACGGAGCUUUUGUUAGAUGCCCAACUCGACAACCGCCUGAACAAUGGACCGGAUUACAUCAUAGAUAUGUGCUCGUGUGAACGCAAUCACAUCCUUGUCAAGACAUACUGGGUCGGAGUCCCGUCUGAACGAAUCAUUCCAGACAGGAAACUUACAGAGGUAAAGAACAAUGAGGAUCCCGAUAACCCGUAUCCUUGGCCUCUGUUUUCAUCUUUCCCACCUCCCAAGGAAUACCUGCUCAAGGAUGUCCCAUCCAUUGACACCGCACCACAGAAAGACGAUCAAGUGACGCAUUUUCUGGAGGGUGCGAAGCCAUUGCCGGCAGAGAGUAUCGUAUGGCUGGAGAAGUUCCGUGGAGUGUUCUGUGAGUCACUCAGGAGUGGAAAGUUUAACUGCAAUUUGAAAGUGGUGAAGCUCCUACUUGAAUCUGUUUGCCAAGCGUUAACAAAUGUGCCCGAGGAAGCUAUCUUUCCACUUAUCGAAUAUUCAGUUGGUGAAAUGAGCCUGAAGAACACAGAGCUGUCAGCGGUCGAGUCCCUGGGUGUCAGGCUCGCGGUGCGUUAUGGCGUCACUCUUGGGCUGCUACAGUCUAGUACUGAGGGCACUGAAGACUUGGUUUUCCUGCUCAAGUACGCCAAGUUCUACAUGCGAAGUCAACAGAAGGUCCCCGACUCAACGCUACGCACUCUUAGCGUCGAGUACCCAGGCCACGACUGGUUCGUCUCGACCGUGUUCCUCAUGUUUGCUGGGGAUCUGGAUCAAAGUCGAGACUUCCUUUUCAAGUUUUCCAGCCUGGUCUGUUCGGGUUACCUGUGGAUGCGUCGACUGCACGCCUCCAUUCAUCUUCCACCAUCGUUAACGGUCAGUGGUAUUCCACCGCUGUACUCCUCGACUUGUCACAACAUUGAGCUGAUUUUGCAGGCGGAAUUGCCUCUUGUCUCGUCAGCGUUCAGGAUGUCCGGCUACACGCCUUCACAGAUCUGCCAGCAUUGGCUUCGUCAAUGCUUCUGGAAUUUUCUGCCCUGGGAGAACAUUUGCCUGUAUGUGUGUGUAUGUUUGACGCUUGGGAUCGACUACCAGGUGUACUUUUGCAUUGCGCUGUUCCAACAUCUUCAACAGCGUAUUCUUGAGGACACUCAACGGCAAUGCCUUCUUGUCACACUCAAGGAGGAGCCUAUCCGUGACUUCUGUCUAUCAGAUCACCUCGACUUUAUGAUCGAGCUCGAACGACGCUAUAGACUCACAAUCUUGUCGGAUCUGCAAAACAUUACUAGGCCAUGAUCACUUAGUGGAAGAGAAGGAAGAGAAGUUAUUAUAGAAUCGCCAGCUUGUCGGAUCUGCAAAACAUUACUAGACCACUAGGACACUGCUAGGAUAGCCUUUCGGACACUGCUCGGAUGACCCCUUGGACACUGCUCUGAUAUCACUCCGGAUACUGCUCCCCCCUUUUUUUCUCGACGGAUGGGACAACACUAUAACUUUAUGGUCAUACAUUCAUAAAGUUUUCCCUUUUCGUUAAUCAGAACAAAAUUUAACCAGAUAUGGUAAGGUUAUAGAGCAUUAGGAGGGCAAGGAGGUAGCUAUAUGCCCAACUAGCUAUAUGGCCGCAUAAUACACAAGCAUGGAAAAGCCUUGAGACGUGUUUAAUGUCUUAAUGUUAUUACUAUAGCAUUGUUUGCAUCUAUUGUACAAAAUGUAUAUUAUAUGAAUUUUAUAAUUAAAUUAUUGCAUGAACCACUUCAAA